AUGACAAUCACCCUCAAUCCUCUUGCGAGAGUGAAAGCUCUAUCGUCCCUCAUCUCGCAAAAGGCACCUCGCACAGUUCAGGAUGUUCUACAGUCUGGCUCUGUUACCCUGCCGGAUAAAGAACAAAGUCAGAUUCGGGAGGUCAUUGAUGCAUGCCAAGAGUUGACAGCUCUGUUGACGGAACCACAUGAAUGGAUUGCAAAUGUUGCAUGGGGAUAUGUUGACAGCGUCGCUCUCUCACUUGUUCUGGAAAUGAAAAUCCAUCAUCAUGUCCCCCAAGCCCCCGGGGCGAUUUCACUCUCACAGCUGACUGAGAGGACCGGCGGCUCUAUGGAUCUGAUCAAAAGGGUAAUGCGGCAAUGUGUGAAGCGAUUCAUUUUUGAUGAAGUCGAAUCACAUCUAUACUGUCAUAAUACUCGCUCAAUACGCCUUUUGGAUAUUGAGUUCUCAUCACUUAUUGAUUACCUGACUGACGACGGGUUUGUAACCGGAGCUCAUCUCUCACGAAGUCUCUCGCAAUCCAACUUUCAGAUACCAGAUAAUCAUCGCCAGGCAGCAUUCCAGCUGACCUUUAACACUGACAAGACCUUGUACGAGUACUAUGACUCUGUGGAUCUGAAACGAGGAAAUCGUUUCGCGACCGCCAUGGCUGGACACUACAACACUCCUCUCGACGAUCCCAUUGAGAGCAUCUACCCCUUCUACACCUUGAAACCAGAUGCACAGAUAGUGGAUAUCGGAGGCGGCAAAGGACAGCAAUCGAUCCGACUGGGAAGAAAGUAUGCCCACAUGUCCUUCAUAGUACAAGACCUCGGCAGCGUUGUUGAAAGCGCCCAGACCACUGUUGAUAUACCCGAAACAGUCAGAGGACGAAUCCAAUGGCAGGCACAUAACGUGUAUUCUCCGCAACCGCUUCACGGCGCCGACGUCUAUUUAUUGAGCCAUGUCAUGAUGGAUCACCCGUCCAGUGCCUGUGCCACUAUUCUUCAGCACAUCGUCAAGGCGAUGAAACCUGGCCAUUCAAGGAUUCUUAUCCACGAUUUUCUUGAUCCUGAGAAGGAAGAAUAUGUGUCUCGAUUUCUGAACGAGCUGGACUUCCACAUGAUAGCAAGCCUGAAUUGCUUCUCAAAAUCCCUCAAAGGCUGGUUAGCAGUGUUUCGCAAUGCAGACCCAGCACUCCAGUUGAAGAGAGUGUUUAAAGGGUCAAAGAAUGCAGCCGUAUUUGAGCUAAUUUUGGAAGAUGAUUGA